GCCAGGAGGCCAAGACAGAGCUUCCCUCUGCCCUGAUCAGCUGCCCAGAGGGUACCAUAACCUAUGGCUCCCUCUGCUACUACUUUGACAAAGACCAUGAGGUCUGGAUCAACGCAGAUCUCUUCUGCCAGAACAUGCAUUUGGGCUACCUGGUGUCGGUGCUCACCCAGGCUGAGGGCCACUUUGUGGCCUCCCUGAUUAAGGAGAAUGGCAGUAGGGACUUCAAUGUCUGGAUUGGCCUCCAUGACCCCAAAAUUCAAUCUGCAGCCUCUUUCAUCUCCUAA